AUGGUUCUGAUGCCUGCCCCAACAAGGAUUGGAAUGGUCGCAGGCAAGUGGUUUUCGGAAGCCACUAUUCAAUCUCUCAAAAACCUCGACAAUAUUCAGCAAGACUUUGAAUGUGUAGAAAUGUAUACGACGGAAGAAAAGCCUAAGCCAAGCCAUCUACGCAGGGGCUGCGAAGACAUCCUUUCUGUCCCUUCGAAACUCUCCAGACGCCAACGGCAGCUCCGGCUCCCCAGUGAGGAAGCUGAGCCCAGAGCUCCCUCAGGGCGCGCAGAAAAGCCCGGCGUGGGGUUUCCUCGGCAGGUUUGGCCGCCCGCUUGUCUCUACCCCCCAUCGGGCCCGGGGCGUCUCGGGCGCCUUGGUGCUGCCUGCAGCCCCUGCGCGCUGCCCCCGGCCCAGGCUGCGUGGCCCAGAGCGCGCCAGCCGGAGCCACAGCCCCCUCUUGUCGCGACCUCGCCUGACCCGGCUCUCCCCGGCGCCCAGAGCCAACUAAGGCCGCCCCCCACCCGGACGCCUGUCUGCCUCCCAGCUCGCCUUCCCUCCCCGGACUUUGGAGCCUUUUCUGCUUUGGGGUUUGGAUCCCGGUCGCCCAGGAGCGGCGGAAGGGCCGCUGCAAUAGGAAAGCAACGGAGAAGGCCAGUGGCCGGAGCCUGUCCCAGCCCCCACCCCGCGGGUAACCUUGGAGGCGCCCUCGGAGUGAAUCCGAAUAUCGAGUAUGAAUCUUCAAGCGGUGUCUCAAAGAAUAAAAACUCUUCAGAUCUGGAUAUGGACUCGCCAGAUGGAAAGAUCUUUCAGGAGAAUUACUACAUCAGUCAAUUCAACAACCACAUAUUAAGUACUCAUCAUUGUAGUCACUUAAUACAUUUAAGACCUUGGGACUAAUUAUAUCAGAGGCUUCCCACAUCUGUAAAAUGGAAGUAAUAAUACCUAA